AUGCGGGCACACCUUCUGCGCAUCGAGGCCGAGGCCGAAGCGCCGGCGCGCAACGCAACCUCGCGUCAGCACAUACCAGAUGAAGACGUGUUCAGGUUGAUUCAGCUUGCUCGGGACUUGAAGGCCUUGGCCCCGGAGACCUACAAUCCUAGAGACUUCCGCGCCAUAAUGGAUGCUCUCCUGGAUCUGUUCAUCGCGCACAGACACAAUGAAACUAUGACGACUGCUCUCCUCGCUCUUUUUAUCUCAUUCAUGGACAGAAACGCCGCUGCCGCGUACGAAGCAGCGCACAGCACCCGAGCCUCCAACAUGUCCACCCGCUCGCCGAGAGCGAUAAGGGCGACUGUUCAAUCUCUCGAUCGUGAGAUAGAAGGUCUCGAAGGGGCGCUUAGCGCCUUGCGCGCGGGUCAGAGAGUGCUCACCAGGCGCAGGCAGGAUCUCGGAGGGCGACUCGUAGCUGCGCGUGAAGAGCUGGCGCAAGCCAAGAGCGAACUACGGCGCAUUCGCACAAGUUCGUUUAGUACUCGUUCCACGGGUGCGAAUGCUGCUGUAGAGGUCUUGGGGGAGUUCUCUGAAUCCGAGUCGUCGAGAAGGCCUCCGUUUGAGGUUCGCGGACCGGCGCGGACGGGAGGUAGUCUGCGUCUGGCAUAG